AUGAGCGACUUUUCCCUGUCUGCAGCCGCAGCCACUGUCCGCGUCCUCUUUGAAGACGCCCAAUCGAUCCUCGCUCAGGUCGAACUCGCACUUUCCAACGACACCACCUUAGCCUCCACUGCUGGGGACGGGGACAACAACAACAACAACACCCACCCCCAGCAGCUCUCCACUCUCAGAGCCCGAUUACAAUUAUUCAGCCAUCACACGAAACAAGCCACCCAGAUCAUCCUUGACGCGCCAGUCAUUCACCCCCAAUUUGCGCAGGUGCUGCAGUCUGGACUAGAGGAGUGCCAGAGCGCGGUCAAUGUGGUUACGGGCGGAGUUGGAUCGGCGGUGAAGACUGGAGAAGGGGCUGCAGCGGGUGCGGUGGCGGCGAAGCGGGAUGUGCUGGACCGGUAUACGGCGCUGUUUGGGUCGUAUGUGCGGUUCUUCUCGUUGAGCAUACAGUUGCUGAUCAUGGAAACGGAAAAGGAACAAGAGACCAUGCUGGCGGAUGCUGGGGUGACGAAUAUUGUGAAUGAUGCUCGGCAGGCGGCGGAACGGGUCCUCUCCUUGAGUCGAUAG